CGCCGGCGGGGCGGGCGGCGGAGCGGCCGGGGCCGCCAGCUUCAUGUUUCCCGUCGCAGGCGGUUUGGGCCCCCCUCAAGGGAUGAUUCCUAUGCAACAGCAAGGGUUUCCAAUGGUUCCUGUCAUGCAGACCAACAUGCCAGGGAUGAUGGGAAUGAAUUAUGGCUCUCAGAUGCCUCCUGGACCCAUGGCCAUGCAGGGUGGCAUGGCCCUGGGCCCCAUGCCAGCUGCUGGAAUGCCCUACAUGGGACAGGCCUCCUUCCUGGGAAUGCGCCCGGCCGCCCCGCAGUACGGCCCCGACAUGCAGAAGCAGUUUGCAGAGGAGCAGCAGAAGAGGUUUGAGCACCAGCAGAAGUUCUUAGAGGAAGAAAGAAAACGGCGGCAGUUUGAAGAGCAGAAACAAAAGCUGAGACUCCUGAGCAGUGUGAAACCCAAGACAGGUGAAAAAAGCAGAGAUGAUGCUUUGGAAGCCAUUAAAGGAAACUUAGAUGGCUUUUCUAGAGAUGCCAAAAUGCACCCAACACCAGCAACGCAUCCAAAAAAGCCAGGAGUUGGAGUGUUCCCUCCCCAGGACCCCAUCCAGCAAAUUAUGCCUGCCUGGAUUUACAACGACAGCUUGGUCCCAGAGCUGUACAAGAAAAUCUUAGAAACCACCCUGACUCCUGCUGGAAUUGACACAGCCAAGCUCUACCCCAUCCUGAUGUCCUCAGGACUGCCCAGGGAGACCCUGGGGCAGAUCUGGGCCCUGGCCAACCGCACCACGCCGGGGAAGCUGACCAAGGAGGAGCUGUACUCCGUGCUGGUAGCAGUGCCCCAGAGGGGGAUCCCUGCCGUGAGCCCUGACGUGCUGAACCAGUUUCCAGCCGCGCCCGUCCCCACCCUGUCCGGGUUCCCGGUGCCGCUGCCCGGCGGGGUGAGCCAGCCCCCGCUGCUGCCCGCGGCUCCCCCGGCCUCCGUGGGGCUGGGCAUCGGGCCCUCCGUGAUGGGCAUGAGCCUCCCGGGCGCUGCCCCGGCCCCGGCCCCGGCCCCGGCCGCGGCCGCAGCGGGAGGAGCCGCAGCACAGCCUGCCGGAGCCUUCCUGCCCUCCUACCCGCCCGGCCAGGUAGUAAAACCAGAAGAUGAUGACUUCCAGGAGUUUCAGGAUGCCUCCAAGUCUGGCUCCCUGGAUGACUCCUUCACUGACUUCCAGGGGGAGGCAGCCAAAGCAGCCAGCUCACAGCACCGGAGCAGUGUUCCUUCUUUACUAAUGCCACUCCCAGGUACUAAGCCACUUUCACCAGCUGACAAAUAUGCUGUGUUUAAAGGAAUGGCAGCUGAGAAGCCUUCUGAGAGUGCAGCUGCUUUUGGAGAUGGAGGGGACAAGUACAGCGCUUUCCGGGAAUUAGAGCAACCAGCAGAAAGCAAAUACUUGGGAGAGAACCUUGCAGAGUUCAAGCCCACAGGAGCCGACGAUGGUUUCACAGAUUUCAAAACCGCUGACAGCAUCUCCCCCUUAGAGCCACCCUCCAAAGACAAAACCUUCCCUGCACCCUUCCCUCCUCUGCCUGCUCAGCCAAAACAGCCAACACAAGCCAAGCCCCCUUUGAAUCUGGCAGACUUGGAGCUCUUUUCCUCUCCUGGAGAAAACAAGCAGCCAUCCUUCCCACCUGCAUUUAACACCUCCAAAGCGGGCUCCUUUCCCCCCCCACCCCUUCCAUCCGCCUCUGCCCCGCCAGCACCCAGCAAAACUUCAAGCUUAGCUGAUGACUUUGGAGAGUUCAACCUCUUUGGGGAAUUUUCUAACGGCGCAUCAGCCAGUGGACAGGAUGACUUUGCAGAUUUUAUGGCUUUCAACAACAGCGCGGGGUUUUCCGAACAAAAACCCGACGACAAAUACAAUGCACUCAAGCUGGAGGCCGGCCCUGGCGCUCAGGCUGGCUCCUCAGGCAGCACAGUGAAGGGUGGGCAGAGCUCUGCCACCACUGCUACGCCCACCAAAUAUGACAUCUUCAAGCAGCUGUCCCUGGAGGGCUCUGGAGCGGGCUUCGAGGAGGCCAAGGACAGCGCGCUCUCCUCGGCCAAGAGCGACGAUGACUUUGCUGACUUCCACUCCAACAAGUUUUCUUCCAGCGGCGCCGAGAAGUCUCUGGUGGACAAAGUGGCAGCUUUCAAGCAGGCCAAAGAAGACUCAGCCUCAGUGAAGUCCCUGGAUCUGCCUUCCAUCGGCGGCAGCAGCGUGGGCAAGGAGGACUCCGAAGACGCGCUGUCUGUUCAGUUUGACAUGAAACUGGCUGAUGUGGGAGGAGAUCUUAAGCAUGUCAUGUCUGAUAGCUCUUUGGAUUUGCCAACAGUUAGUGGCCAGCAUCCACCAGCAGCAGAUGUGGAUGACUUAAAGGGUGGCCCGUUUGGAAGCUGUCCCAGUGGCUCUGCAGUCAGCAGCCUGGCCAGCUACGAGUGCCCCGGCUCGGACAGGGAGGAAGGCCAGCAGGGCAAGCGGCUCUCCCGCCCCGCCCAGCCCUCCGCGGCCACCGCUGUCCUCCAGAAGAAGGAGACCUUCUUUGGCAGCUCGGAAAACAUCACCAUGACAACGGUUUCCAAAGUGACAACCUUCUCCAGCGAGGAUGCUCUGCAGGAUGUUUCCUUCGCAGCCUUUGCGAACUUUAAGGACUCGGGGCCGGUCCCCGGCGGUCCUGGCGACGAUGACAUCGGGGACUUUGGGGACUUUGCCAGGCUUCCCUCGGAAGCUCAGGAUGCAGCAGCAGCUGACACAGCCCUGGGCGCUGAUCUCCUCGCUGGAGCCCCCUCUGAGCUGCAGAGAGAGGCCACGGAUGACUUCGGAGAGUUCCAAAGUGAAAAACCAAAAAUCAGCAAGUUCGACUUCUUGGUGGCCACUUCCCAAGGCAAGGUGAAGUCCAGUGAGGAGAUGAUCAAGAGUGAGCUGGCCACCUUUGACCUGUCUGUGCAAGGGUCUCAUAAGAGGAGCCUGAGCCUGGGGGACAGAGAAAUCAGCCGUUGCUCCCCGCUGGCAGCCCUGGAGCAGCCGUUCAGGGACCGCUCGAACACGCUGAGCGAGAAGCCAGCCCUGCCCGUGAUCAGGGACAAGUACAAGGACCUCACUGGGGAGGUGGAGGAGAGUGAGAGGUACGCCUACGAGUGGCAGAGGUGCCUGGAGAGUGCCCUGCAGGUCAUAAAGAAAGCCAAUGACACCUUAAAUGGAAUCAGCAGCUCAUCUGUUUGCACUGAAGUUAUCCAGUCUGCCCAAGGCAUGGAAUAUUUACAGGGGGUUGUUGAAGUCUACAGAGUAACAAAGAGGGUGGAGCUGGGCAUCAAAGCAACUGCAGUGUGCAGUGAGAAGCUGCAGCAGCUGCUGAAGGACAUUGAUAAAGUGUGGCACAACCUGAUCAGCUUCAUGUCCCUGGCUGCUCUGACGCCAGAUGAAAACUCCCUGGAUUUCUCCUCCUGCAUGCUGCGCCCGGGGAUUAAGAACGCCCAGGACCUGGCCUGUGGAGUGUGUCUCCUCAACGUGGACUCCAGAAGCAAAGCCUUUAAUUCUGAGACAGACAACUUCAAGCUGGCAUAUGGAGGGCACCAGUACCACGCCAGCUGUGCCAACUUCUGGAUCAACUGUGUGGAGCCCAAACCCCCAGGUCUGAUCCUGCCAGACCUGCUCUGAGAGCAGCUGCACUGCAGCUGGAGCUCUGGGUCUCAUCCUGCAGGACUUGGGUGACUGCUCUGUGCAGAGGCUGCAGCUGGGCCAGGGUUUGAAACCUUUGGGGCUGAUUUUUGGUCCAAAAAUCAAUGGAUUAAAGCCACUGUUCCAGAUGGUGAAGAAUUCACUUGUGAUGGCCAAGGUUUCAGGAAUAACUGGAUAAUAUGUAGUAUGGCAAAAAAAAAAA